UUCAGUUAAGUUAAAUCAGUUCAAUUUGGUUCAGUUCAAGUAUCUUCUGUUCUCUUCUCUCUUCUAGAUAACUACAUAUAUAAUUUUACAACAAUAUAAAAAAUGGCAUCAGAAGCAACAGUGCGCUAUGCAUGUCGGGAAGGUAAAGUUAAUUGCCUUUAUUUACACAUACAACCAACAUCCCUCUCAUUACUAAAUCACCAAACCUAAAUACUAACCCAUAUCUCACACCAGAUAUCCCCGGAAUCCUCAAACUCAUCCAUGAACUAGCAGACUACGAGCACGAAUCGGCCUCCGUACUAGCUACUCCGGAAUCUCUAGGCAAAACCCUCGCUUUCGCGCCUUCAGGUCUCGUGUCUCCGUCCAAUACCACUCUCUCAACAGGAGACUCUAUUUCCCCAACACGACCCGCGCGCUGUCUCCUCCUCUUCCCUCCAUCUACAGAAUCCUCUAAUGACAGUGAACCCGCAGCAAUGGCGCUCUAUUUCUACAAUUACAGUACGUGGCGUGCUUCCGCUGGGAUAUAUGUCGAAGAUUUGUAUGUACGGGAAAGUUUUCGGGGGAAAGGGUAUGGAGGGAAAUUGUUGUCGAUACUUGCAAAAGAGGUUGUGGAUAUGAAGGGUGGGAGGUUGGAGUGGAGUGUUUUGAAGUGGAAUGAGCCGAGUAUAAAGUUCUAUCAGGGGCCGAGUGUAGGAGCUAAGGCGAUGGAUGAUUGGCAGAUCAUGAGGGUAGACAAUGAGGCGUUGGUGGAGUUGGCUAAGAGGGCUCAGUAGGUUGGUGGGGAAAGAAGGUAGCUGUACAGUUUCCUGGGCGCAUAGCACAGUGACUCUGAGCUCUUGCGGCAUCACUUGCAUCAGUCAAGCUAGCAAUUAAUU